AUGUCCGACUCGCGCCUCGCCAACUUCCCAACAGCCCCCUACUCCGAGCCCCUCCUCCCCCAACUCGACCUCCCAAACCCCUACUACACCGAAACACACUACGCGUUACGCGCCCACGUCCGAUCCUAUAUCGAAACACACAUCGCACCCUAUGCGCAGGAAUGGGAGGAAGCAGGAGAGAUCCCGCCCGAGGUGUUGAAGCGGCAUUGCGCCCAUGGAUUUGCGAUCGUGCACCCGCUUACGUCACUUGAGGAUCGCGCAAACUUGCCAUUGCCCGGGAACGUCCCGCCGGAGAAAUGGGAUACAUGGUGCUCGCUUAUUGUCUCGGAUGAGUUCAAUCGCGUUGGCUUCGUGGGUGUUAUCUGGGGUCUCGGUGGGGGAAAUGGGAUUGGGUGUCCGCCUAUCGCGCGAUUUGGCACGCCUCAACAGAGGACCCGUUGGUUACCACGAAUUGCGAAGGGAGAGAUAAGAUUCUGUUUGGGAAUUACGGAGCCAGAUGCUGGAUCUGACGUUGCGAACAUUCGGACCACUGCGACGCGCGAGGGUGACCACUACAUCGUCAACGGAUCGAAGAAGUGGAUCACAAACGGUAUCUGGGCGGAUUAUUGCACUGCUGCUGUCCGAACUGGAGAGUCAGGGAGGGGUGGGAUCAGUUUGCUCGUGAUUCCUUUGGCUGCCAAGGGAGUGACGAGGAGGAGGAUGCAUAACUCUGGUGUCAAUGCCAGCGGAUCCACAUUCAUUGAAUUCGACGAAGUGCGCGUCCCAGUUGACCACCGCAUCGGAGAAGAAAACCAAGGCUUCCCCCUUAUUAUGUCGAACUUCAACCCCGAACGCCUCUCCCUGGCCUGCGCAUCUCUCCGUCUGGCUCGUGUUUGCGCCGAAGAUGCCUUCAACUACGCCAUUCAGCGUGAAACGUUCGGCUCCCCGCUAAUUCAAAAACAAGCGAUUCAAGCCAAGAUCUUCAAAUUCGGACUCGUCAUCGAGCCUGCGUAUGCCUUCAUGGAACAGCUCGUGAAUAUCCUUGAGAAGACCAAGGAUCGACCAACGGACGACGUUCGCAUUGGCGGUAUGACCGCGCUAUUGAAGGUGAUGUCAACCAGGGCUCUGGAAAAGAGUGUCCGCGAAGCCCAGCAGAUCCUCGGUGGUGCAGGAUACAACAAGGCUGGUAAGGGAGCCAGGAUUGAACAGAUUAGUCGCGAUGCAAGGGUGCAUGUUAUCGGCGGUGGCAGUGAGGAAAUCAUGCAGGGACUGGCGCUCCGAGAGGAGACCAAGGCCUUGAGGACAAGGAAGAAGGCAUUGGAGCGCAAGGCUAACCUGUAA